AUGCCGAACACUGGUAUUGCUCAUUUGCAAAGUUUCGUCGAAGGGGACAACUUUGUGGAAUACCUCAUGAGAGCGGAUUUUUUCUUUGAGGCCAACAAAAUCACUUCCAACGAUGAAACGCGUGCCCUUUUGUUGACUGCAAUUGGAAAGAAGACCUUCUCAUUGCUUCGCAACUUACUUCAGCCGAAAGAAAUAAAAGAUGUAAAAUAUACCGACAUUGUGAAAGUUUUAACGGAUUACUAUUCCCCGGCUUCUUCAACCAUUAUGGAAAGGUUUCGCUUCUACAAUCUCAAACAAGGUAACGAAGAUAUUUCAACGUUCAUUGUAAAAAUAAAGGAACUCGCCAGCAAGUGCAACUUCGGUGCAUUUCUAAACGACGCACUUCGAGAUAAAUUGGUUUGUGGAUUACAGUCCGAACAAAUUCAAAACAAAUUACUCAGUGAAAAAGACGUUGAUUUCGCUAAAGCUUCUGAACUGGCUCUUGCUAUGGAAACAGCAUCUAGAGAGACCAAGUUACUAAAAGAAGAAAAUCAAAGCGUCCUCAAAAUUAAUGAGUAUAAGAAAGUAAAACCAAAAGAUUCGACACGGAAGAAUUUUGGAAAGCCAACAUAUCCUCAUCAAAUUACAAAAGUAAUAAAAUCGUGCAAGCACUGUGCUAAAUUUCACAGAGGAGAGUGUAAGUUCAAGAAUGCUACGUGUUAUCAAUGUGGUGUAAAGGGUCACAUUAAGCCUGCAUGUAAAGCUUCAAAUACGAAUUUUCUUGAAGGUGCUGCAAAUGUAAGUGAUAAAUCAGAACCUUAUUUGAAUAACAUUUUUUCUAAAAAUUCGGGUAACGUAAGUGUGAAUGAACAAUCAGAAUAUUUGAAUAACAUUGUUAAGUCUAAGAAUUCGAGUAGCGUUAAACCAUACACUACUGAUGUUCAUAUCAAUGGGGUGAAAGUGAAUAUGCAAAUUGACACUGGCAGUGAAUAUUCAAUUAUUUCGUUAAAUAAAUUAAAAAAAUUGAAAUUAAAUUGCAUAGAGUCGAAACCAGCCCCAAUAUUGAAAUCUUACACUAACAAUGAUUUAAAAAUUGUAGGAAAUUAUGAUGUACCCGUAAUUUAUUUGAAUAAGUGUUACAGUUUACCAUUAAUUGUGGUUGAUUGUGAUAAUGAUAAUAAGCCUAUUUUGUUGGGUAGAAAAUGGAUCAAAAUAUUGAAAAUUAGGAUUGAUGAUUGUAUAAAUAUGGUACUUGAUAAAAAUGUAAAUUUUGAUAAUGUCUCUUCUACUGUUGAGUAUUUUAAACAUAAAUAUCCAAAUUGUUUUAAUCUAAAUGAUACAACUGGUAUUUUGGGUGUACCUAUUAAUAUAGCAAUGAAAUCGGAAACUAUUCCCAUUUUUUGCAAAAGUAGACCAGUCCCUUAUGCUUUAAGAAAUCUUGUUGAUAAGGAGUUGGAUACUCUUAUUAACAAUGGUGUUUUGUACCCUGUUGGCCAUUCCAAAUGGGCAACACCAAUAGUUGCUGUUCCCAAACUGGAUGGAAAUGGUAGGGAAGCUGUUAGAAUUUGCGGGGAUUUUUCACUUACUGUCAACAAGUUUUGUGAAACUCAAUUUUAUCCUCUACCAUCUCAGGAAGAAAUUAUAACUAGUAUGGGAAGUGGGAAAUAUUUUUCUAAAAUAGACUUAUCAAAAGCUUUCCAUCAGAUUCAAAUUAGCCCUGAAUCACAGGAAUUGUUGACAUUAAAUACCCCCAGAGGUUUACUCAGGUAUUCUAAACUUCCUUUUGGGAUCAAAUCAGCUUCUUUUCUUUUCCAACAAAAGAUGGAUGAAAUAUUGAAAGAUUUUUCGUAUACAAAUUGUUACAUAGAUGAUUUAUUUAUAAGGGCAAAUACAAAAGAAGAAUGUAUAAAAAGAACUGAAAUUGUUUUGGAUAGGCUAAAUUCUUACAAUGUUAAGAUAAAUCUUUCUAAAUGUGAAUUCUUUAAAGACAGUAUUCAAGUUCUAGGGCAUAAGAAAGAUUUCACUGAUGUCCAUCCUUUAGAUGAAAAGUGUAAUGAUAUAUAUCAAGCUUCGGUGCCUACAAAUUGUACUGAACUGAAAAGCUAUCUUGGAUUAUUAGGCAAAACUUUGUUAAAAAAGCAUAAUAUCUUGGUUCAUUUUGAUAUGGCAAAACCAAUAGUUUUGCAAUGUGAUGCAUCAGACUAUGGCGUGGGGGCUGUCUUGUGUCAUGAAUUUCCUGGCGGUGAGCUUCGACCAAUUUUUUUCGCUUCCAAAACUUUGAGUAAAGCUGAAAGAAAUUAUGCUCAAGUGCAUAAAGAGGCUUUGGCCAUAAUUUUUGGUAUAAAAAAGUUUAAUAAAUUUUUACAAGGUCAAAAAUUCACCAUCGAGACAGACUCUAGGCCAUUGUUAACAUUAUUUGGUCAUAAUAAACCUGUACCAACUAUGGUUAACGCGAGAAUGCAAAGAUGGGCCAUUAUCCUUUCAAAUUAUGAUUAUGUAAUAAGGCAUAAAAAGGGUACAGAGUUGUUGCUCGCUGAUGCACUAUCUCGAUUACCAUGUAAAGAUGAUGAACCAAUUGAUGAGUUCACACAUUUCAUAUGUUUCUUUUCUGAUUUUGAAAAUUUAAAGAUUGAUGAUAUUCAGAGAGCAACGUCUCUUGAUCCUUGUUUAUCAAAAGUGUUGAAUUACACUAAGUUUGGUUGGCCUACUGAUGUUGAAGAAAAUCUUAAUGAAUUCAAAAAGGUAAAGAAUGAAUUAAGUGUUGAAGGAAAUUGUUUACUUAGAGCAAAUAGGUUAGUGGUUCCAGAAAUAUGGUAUAAAAAAGUACUGGAGCUUCUUCACAAUGAACAUCCAGUUAAAGUUAAUAACAAAACACGAUAUGUUCAUUCUGAUCAUCUUAGAAAGUCUGCAAUAGACGAGGAAAAAUUUAGUUUUUCAAAUUUAACUAAUAUGAACCCUGAUGUUAAUGUACCAUCCAUUAGGAAUGCUAUUUUACCUGCAUUAGAUAUUGCUAGCAAACCUAACGAAGAAAAUGCUCAAUAUAAUUGUGCAAAUGAAACAUUACAUAAUGCAGAACCGUCAAUAGUUAAGCCCGAAAAUCCUCCGAAUGCUGAAUCGCAAAAAUCACCGAUACGUUCUACCAGACCAAAGCGAAACGUAAAACCCAUUCAAAGAUAUGGCAUUGAUUCAUGA